AGUACUAGACGACUCAGCAGAACAUUCCAGAAGAACUCCAGACAGAAGUCACGCCGUUACUCACGGAAAAUCAACUUCUAAAAUAUCCUGGAAGUUCCUCCUCUCCCACCUUACUUUUUUCGUGUUUUUCAGGAAAGUUAGUGAAUAAAAAAAACUGCCAAUGCUAGUGACCACAACUGCUGUGAUUACUUCAGGGUUUACGAGGAUUACUUCAGAAAUGUUAAUAGAAAUACACUAGAACUACAGCGCUAUUGUAGUGUCUUUUCAUAUUUAAUUAUUUUCACAUUUUAUUUUGCAAUUAUUGACUAUUUGAAAGUGCCCAUCUUGUAGAGGAUCUUUUGUUUCGGUAAACAACAUUUAUUUGACACAUGAUUUGACACUUCUAGGACCUCCACUGAUGCUGGACUUCUGUGGCUUCUAAUGAAGUGUUCAUAGAAUGUCCCCAGUAACUUCUGUUGGAAAUAGACUUGCGGUUCCUCCAGGAAUGAUGCUGGGAUUUAUUUAGAGAUUUCUAGUUGAAUCCACAGGAAGUUUUCCUUGGGUUGCUUGGGCAAUUUCUACUGAAAAUCCUCCAGAAUUUCUUGAAUGAUUCUCAAGAGUAAUUACUGCCGAAUUUUAACUGAUAAUGCUUGAGAAAUCCCAUUCUGGAGAAAUCCAAGGAAUUUCAGCCGAUACUCUAAGUGAAGUUCUUGAAUGAAUCUUUAAAUAAUUCUAUGAAGAAAUCGCCGCAAGACGAAUUUCUAUCCUUGGUGAAAUCACAGGCAGAUAUGUUUUUGAAUCUUUGGAGACACUUCUGAAGUAAUCUUAACAACUAUUUUUAGAAGAAUCCAAUUAAAUUUAUGGAAGAAUUCCGGAAGGAUUGUUCCAAAGAUUUAUCUCCGAAUGCCUAAUGAAAAUUCUUGCUCUAGAAAUUUCUACUGCUCUAGAAAUUCUCGACAAGGAUUUCUCCCGGAUUUUCUCCUGGGAUACUCCUGACCUUCAGAGAUUCACGAAAUCCUCAACAAUUGCCAGCUGGGAUUCCUCCAGAAAUUCUUCUUGAGACAUCUCGACGGAUGUCUCCAUGCAGGGCCGUGCACAGAAAAGGCGGAAAGGAAGGGGUUUUAGGCAUUUUCGGUAAAAGGCGUAGGGGCGCCUAGUACACGAAACUGGGGAAAAGAGAGGGGUUUAACCUCCAAAACCUCCCCCCUUACGUACGGGCUUGUCUUCAUGGACUCCACUAGUAAUUCCUCCUGUAGUUCCUCCAGAGAUUUUUCCAAGUUCUUUCAGGAGUUCCUCUUGGGGUUCCUUCAAAAAUUCUUCAGGCACAAUUAACAAUUCUUACUGGGAUUCUUCCAGCAAUUCCACCUGAUGCAAUUUAUUCGUGGAUUUUUUUCCAGAAAUUUUGUAUUCCUGCUGGGAAUCCUCUUGAGAUUACUUGAAAUUACUGCUGGGAUUCUUCUAGUCAUUUAUGGUAGGAAUUAGCCGGGAGUUUUUUAUUGACACCCCAUGCAAUACGCGAAGGAAAUGCCCAUGGAAUUCCUGAAGGGUUCUCAAGAGCAAUUAUUGGAGGUAUUCGUAAUGAAAGUGCUUGAAAAUUUUCCGUUAGAAUUCCAGAACCUAUUCUAGUAUGAAUUCCUGAAAGAAUCUCAGCAGCAAUUACUGGAGGAAAAAACUCCAUACAAAAAAAAAUCAUCGUCUUUUUUUUACAUGAUUCGUCGAGAAAUAGUGAGACUUUUUUUACGCGGUUUUUUGAAUUUUGAACUGAGUUUUUGUUUUACGCGGUACGUAUCCCCCGCGUAGAAACAACCUGAUUUAUUUAGAUAGUAUCUAUGCAGUUUGUUGCCCUUAGAGAUCCUGCGGGAAAUCCUUCAGGAGGACUUCCAGCAGGACUUCUUUGUAGAUUCGCACCACGGAUUCCUCGAAAAAUCCCAGCAGCAUGCCAGGAGCAAUUUCAACAGAAAUUCUCAAAGGAAUCUGAAGAGGAUUUCCAAUAAGAAUAAGAGAAUACAUUCCUGGUCGAAUCCCCAGAGGAAUUCUGAAGGAAUCCCUGGAAAAAAAAUCUCAGAGAGAAUUUCUGGGAGAAUCCAUAUAAAAGUAACUACAGGGAUUGCAGGAUGAAUUCUAUUUACUUACGUUCAGUCCUGGGCACCCACGGUGGUGCAGAAGGCCGAAUAGAGAGAUCUCCAUCCUGGGCGAUUGCCAGCCAUCGCCUUGACUUGUGGCCAGGUCAAAUUUCUGUCGACUUGCUUGAUUCCGUUGUUGAGGCUGCACCGCCAUGAGCUGGAUGAAUCCCAUAAUGAAUUAUUGUAGGAACCCUAGCAAGAAAGAAAUUUCAGAAAUAAUCCCUGAGUAGUUAUUGGAUGGGCUGCAAAACGGUGAGUCGAUAAGGAGAGCAUCCAAUAUAGCUCUGGUCCUCACAAGUUCCUACCUCAUGCUUCCACGGGUCAAGCGAUGACAAAGACCGCCAGCUAAGAGUUGAGGGCUUAGCUGGUAGUGCAGCCUGGGCACUGUUAUCCUUCUGACUUCAGCUAGAUUGAGGAGGUACGAUCCGAGCGUCUGUCCACCAAGGAGGUGCGGCUCAAACAGCGUCUGUUCUGGCAUCCAGCGGCUGAGUAAGAAACGCUGCACCACGCCCAGUUAGAUCCAAGGUGGUAGCCCCAUCAGCGUGGUCGUCCCAGUGUUGGUUGGGACGUUAAACAGAACUGGCACGACGGCCCUCCGGCGAGAUAGGAGUGUUGGCGUAGGCCCAAUAAGCCACCCGUAAAAAUCCCCAUUGCGAAUAACAUAGGAGAAAAUACUACUCGAUACAAUCGGCAAAGACCCACGCGACGAAAUAAGGACUACGAUUGGAAACUUGGAACAUGGAAUUGCAAGUCACUAGGUUUCGCAGGAUGUGACAGGAUAAUCUACGACGAACUACAUCCCCGCAACUUCGACAUCGUGGCGUUGCAGGAACUUUGUUGGACUGGACAGAAAGUGUGGAAAAGCGGGCAUCGAGCGGCUACCUUCUACCAAAGCUGUGGCACCACCAAUAAACUGGGAACAGGAUUUAUAGUGUUGGGCAAGAUGCGACAACGUGUGAUUGGGUGGCAGCCGAUCAACGCAAGGAUGUGCAAGUUAAGAGUUAAGGGCCGUUCAACUACAGCAUCAUCAACGUCCACUGCCCACACGAAGGGAGACCCGAUGACGAGAAAGAAGCGUUCUACGCGCAGUUAGAGCAAACAUACGAUGGUUGCUCGCCGCGUGACGUGAAAAUCGUUGUCGGCGACAUGAACGCGCAGGUAGGAAGGGAGGAAAUGUACAGACCGGUAAUCGGGCGAAACAGCCUGCACGCCGUAUCGAAUGAUAACGGCCAGCGAUGCGUAAACUUUGCAGCCUCCCGUGGUGUGGUAGUCCGAAGCACCUUCUUCCCCCGCAAAGAUAUCCACAAAGCCACCUGGAGAUCACCCGACCAUCAAACAGAAAACCAAAUCGACCACGUUCUAAUCGACGGUAAAUUCUUCUCGGAUAUAACCAACGUCCGCACAUACCGCAGUGCGAAUAUAGAUUCGGAUCACUACUUAGUCGCUGUAUGCAUGCGCUCAAAACUUUCGACAGUUAUCACCACGCGUCGAAGUCGAACGCCGCGGCUCAACAUCGAGCAACUUCGUAACGUAGAAGUGGUUCAAGACUACGCGCAGCAGUUAGCAGUGGCCCUACCAACGGAAGAGCAGCUUGGCGCAGCUACACUUGAAGAUGGCUGGAGGGACAUCCGAUCCGCCAUAGCUAGUACCUCGGCUACAGCACUAGGCUUCGCGACUCCGAAUCACAGAAACGACUGGUACGACGGCGAAUGUGAACAGUUGAAAAACGAGAAGAAUGCAGCAUGGGCGAGAAUGCUGCAACACCGUACGAGAGCGAAUGAGGCACGUUACAAACAGGCGUGGAACAGGCAGAACUCAGUCUUCCGGAUGAAGAAGCGCCAGCAGGAAGAACAAGAUCGCGAAGCAAUGGAAGAGCUGUAUCGCGCUAAGGACACACGAAAGUUCUACGAGAAGCUGAACCGUUCGCGCAGAGGCUUUGUGCCACAAGCCGACAUGUGCCGAGGUAAUCACGGGAAUAUUCUCACGAGCGAGCGUGAGGUGGUCGAGAGGUGGCGGCAGCAUUACGAUGAGCACCUCAAUGACGACGUUGCAAGUACCGAAGGUGGCGUGGUAACAGAUCUAGGAGUAUGUGCACAGGACGAAAGACUUCCGGCCCCUGACCUUCAAGAGAUUGAGGAGGAGGUUGGCCGGUUGAAAAACAACAAAGCCGCUGGAGCAGAUCAACUACCAAGCGAGCUUCUAAAAUACGGUGGAGAAGCACUGGUGAGAGCACUACACUGGGUCAUUACCAAGAUUUGGGAGGAGGAAGUAUUACCGGAGGAAUGGAUGGAAGGUAUCGUGUGUCCCAUCUACAAAAAGAGCGACAAGUUGGAUUGCGGGAACUACCGCGCGUUCACACUACUGAGCGCUGCCUACAAGAUACUCUCUCAAAUUUUAUGCCGCCGUCUAUCACCGAUUGCAAGAGAGUUCGUGGGGCAAUAUCAGGCUGGAUUUAUGGGUGAACGCGCUACAACGGACCAGAUGUUCGCCAUCCGCCAGGUGUUGCAGAAAUGCCGCGAAUACAACGUGCCCACACAUCACUUGUUCAUCGAUUUCAAAUCGGCGUAUGAUACAAUCGAUCGAGAACAGCUAUGGCAGAUUAUAUGCACGAAUACGGAUUCCCGGAUAAACUGAUACGGUUGAUCAAGGCGACGAUGGAUCGAGUGAUGUGCGUAGUUCGAGUAUCAGGGACACUCUCGAGUCCCUUUGAAUCUCGCAGAGGGUUACGGCAAGAUCUUUCGUGCUUGCUCUUCAACAUUGCUUUGGAGGGUGUAAUAAGAAGAGCGGGGAUAAACACGAGUGGGACGAUUUUCACGAAGUCCGUUCAGCUGCUUGGUUUCGCCGAUGAUAUUGAUAUUAUUGCUCGUAAAUUUGAGACGAUGGCGGAAACGUACAUCCGACUAAAGAGUGAAGCCAGGCGUAUCGGAUUAGUCAUUAAUGUGUCGAAGACAAAGUACAUGAUGGCAAAGGGCUCCAGGGAGGAAUCACCGCGCCCGCCACCCCGAAUUCAUAUCGACGGUGAUGAAAUCGAGGCGGUUGAAGAAUUCGUGUACUUGGGCUCACUGGUGACCGCCGACAACGACACCAGCAGAGAAAUUCAGAGGCGCAUUGUGGCAGGAAAUCGUGCCUACUUUGGACUUCACAGAACUCUACGAUCGAUUAAAGUUCGCCGUAACACGAAGUUAACCAUCUACAAAACGUUGAUUAGACCGGUCGUCCUCUAUGGGCACGAAGCAUGGACCCUACGUGCAGAGGACCAACGCGCCCUUGGAGUUUUCGAAAGGAAGGUGUUACGUACCAUCUACGGCGGAGUGCAAAUGGAAGACGAGACUUGGAGAAGGCGAAUGAACCACGAGCUACAUCAGCUGCUGAGAGAACCAACCAUCGUCCAUACCGCGAAAAUCGGGAGGCUACGGUGGGCGGGUCACGUCAUCAGGAUGUCGGAUAGCAACCCGACUAAAAUGGUUCUCGAGAGUCAUCCGACCGGUACAAGAAGACGUGGAGCGCAGCGAGCUAGGUGGGUCGACCAAGUGGAGGACGAUCUGCGGACCCUACGCAGAGUGCGGAACUGGAGACAAACAGCCAUGGACCGAGUGGAAUGGAGGCGGCUACUAUGUACAGCAGAGGCCACCCCGGCCUUAGCCUGACCUGUAAGGUAAGUAAGAGAUUCUUCUGCAAGAACCCCAGUGGACGUUAUGAAGGAACUCAUUUGAGUUCAGUGUUUAAAAAUUACUCAUGAUUUUUAUAAAAGGCAUUACAAUUAGAAAUUUUGAUAAAUACUAAAUUGCAUAAAGAACACAACGGAAAAUCUUUAACACAAACUAUGACCUUCGCACCCCCCAUUCCCCACUAGUUCUACCAUCUCGUUGAAUUAUUUAUGCCAGGCGCGUAGUUUGCGGCAGGUAGCGAGCAAAUUGAACAAAUUCUGCCACAGUCUACGGCGGACUUUCGGCUUGGCUCAAAUUCUCGUUCGACGCGCGGUUCUCGCUAAAUUUCGUCCGAGAAAAGUGACACGCUUAAUUUGACACUUUGCGCGCUUUUGGGGUGUUAUUUUCCUCCGAUGUGAAUAAACUUGGUCUUUUGUUGAGGAGUGAUCACGUUGUGAAUAGUUGUGAAGAAAAAUACCGAACAAUGAAACCUAAAACAGUGUCUGCAUUACAGCAAUAUUUACGCCCAAGAUGAAUCAAGCAAUGUGUGAAAAGUGAUGAAAAUUCAAGAAAAAUAGUGAAAUUCCAUACAGGAAAGCGCAGCCAGUGUAUUGGAAGAAAAUGCCCCAGGAAGGCACCCGAAGCAAUCGAGAAUACUGUUAAGUGUUGCUAUCCACCAGUAGUCAGUACAGCAAGAACAAGAACAAGUGCAGAAAGUGCAGAAAAGUUGGAGUCGUCAU